GGUGGACUAGUUAACCCCAGAAAUCAUGGCCAAUUACUGAUUAUGAAACUAAAUAACAAUCCAUUAUGUGCUUUGGUGCUUUGCGAGUUUAGCUCAGCUAAAAAUCACCUGAAACUGGGCUAGUUUGAAGGGGAAUAUGGACAAAAUAUUUGUAAGUAAACCUUCCAUGCUUCACCCUUGCCAAAUGUGAGGUCUGUCAUCACAAUAACCCUGAGUAAAAAUACUGGGAUUUGUAGUUAUGUGAUUACUGGGUUUGGGGUAAGAUGGGAAGAAAGCCUUCACUGCUCCUGACCAUAACUUCUUGGAAGGUAAUAGGGUGGGUGGGUGUGUGGAAACACUUAAGUUCUUCCCAGAGAUAAACUUCACAAAAAGUUGUGAUGGCUUAGAGAAAGGAGGGGUGAGGUGGUAGGAACUAAGUUUGCCUAGCUCUUUUCCUCCUGAACUCAGGAAUGGUGGAAAGGAAAGCAGUGGAGAUGAGAACCCAAGGAAUUGUCUGUUUCAAGGUGGUUAAAAUGACCGCAAAGAAGGAAACCCUAGUUUUUGAAAAACCACAUUAUCUUACUGUAAAAAAAAAAAAAAAAGUUGGUUUGGAUUCAUGUCUGUGUGGAUGAGAGUAAUCACAUCUAUUAAUGAUUGCCACCAAGACAUUUGCAAAUUUGAUCAAAAUCACCAGCCCAGGUAGGAAUGACUGUCCCAGUUUGGGUUGAAUUAUCUGUGUACAGUGAGCAAAAAAGGUGGUUUAAAAUAGAAAGUGACUCCCCAAUGAGAAAUGCGAUAGCCCAUGUGGUUCAGUAAGUCCUGGACAAGGGGAGAGUUUCAGUAGUGUGAGCAUGGACUCGACCGGUGACGGUUGGGAAUGGGCUCAUUUUACUUGGCUUAAACCUACAGGGAUUUAUAUUGCAUUUAAUUUCACUGGUUCAGAGGUCUAAUGCUGGAGUCAAUCCAUUUCCCCAUCUUCAUUGUUCUUACUCUGAAACCCAUCAUCCUGACCCAUGAUUGUCCACUGCUGACCUUCAGUCAUUGCAGUUACAGGCUCACCUUUCAGGUGGCACCCGGAGCGAAAUGCUGAGGGAAGCUCGGUGUGUUUUCAGGUGGCACCAGACACUGCUCUGAUUCCCACGGUGUCUCCUGCUCCACAGGACAGCAGGAGGCCAGUUCUUUAAUAGUCAUAUGAACAUUACUUGCUGAUUCUCCCAUCACAUUAGAGCAGCAAAAUCAUCCCAAUAGUACUAUCGUUAUUAAUUUAUUACAAUACUCUGAAUUGCCUCAGUUUUUAAACAGCGUCUAUGAAAUCAGGGAUGUGGGGGAAAUACACACUUUUUAAAUACGUGUUAAUAUGUUAAAAAUCCCUACACAGAACCAAAAAUCUCAUAUCACAUAUUGGAAAACACUGCUCUAGCUCACUUUUUUUUUUUUUUUUUUUUUUUUUUAAGUAAACCUACCACAAGGGGGGCUCAGAUUCACAAUCCUGAGGUCAAGAGUUGCACACUCUACCAACUGAGCUAGCCAGGCAACCCUGUACUAUUUUAAAGAUGUAAAAUGGGUUUGUACCAAUCUAGUCAACACUCUUUGGGCCCUUAGAUUCAACUAACUGAUUUUAUUCAAGUCAUAUUUGUUUAGUUUAUCCACAUGUGUAUCACCAAAGAUUUGGCCAAAUGCUCUCUUAAAAGCGAGGUGUUUCGGCUCCACCAUCUUGCUUUCAUCUAGUUGAGUGUUGUAAAAUACAGGAGGCGAUGCACUGCUGUAGGUGUUUUUUCCAUAAGCCAACUAGAAGACAUUAAUAAAUGUCUUCUCCCUCGUGAGAACAGGCUAAGCACUAGGGAGGAGUAUUCUCAAGUAUCCGGGUGGGUGUGUAAAAUAUAUAACAAUGGUGGUAUUUUUUGAGAACAGACAGAGUGACAUGGUGCAGUGACUUCGAACAUAGCCCUCAUUCAGUAUUUACUAUUCAUCAUCUGCUGCUAUACACAUGAGGGUUACAGUUGCCAUCCUUGGCAUGGUCAUUGCUGAACGAAGCAGAGGUCACUCCUGGGUGUCCAUUGUUUCACUGCAGUGUUCUUUUCAUCCUCAGUCAUCAUAAGGCAUGGGAUGGUUAGGUCUGAGAUCCAGCCUUACCCACUGCAGCAGAAUAGGAUCCUGGAGGACUGACCCAAGUACAGAUGAAGAUGAUCCAGACUGGCAGGCAAAUUUAGCUCUGUCCAGGAGACAGCUUUCAGAACUAGUGCUUCUGGCAGGAGUCAGGAUGGAAGGGCACAAAUCUCGUGGGAAAUCUAAGUGAUAUGGAAUCUGGGGGACAGAAGGGGCCUGAGGAGAGGCUUAGAAGUAGAGACAGGCAGGCAUUCACUUCAAGGGGGGACUUGAAAGAUAACCAGCAAGGGCCCCAGGAGGCAAGACUGAGUCAGCAUCCAGGCCUGAGGAACAACUGUAGUGUCUAUAGUUUACAGAAUAGGAAGAGAAAUGAAUACACAGACCUCUUAACAAGAACUAGGUGACUCAGGCUAGGAAUUGGGAAGGAAGAACAUGGUCAUCAGCAUUAGAAACCACACCAGUGGUAACGUAACCAGUGGUUCAAGUUGUUGCCUGGCCUGAUCCAGUGUUGCUCUCAGGAAGCUUAAUUAUCUCCUGAUUCAGGUCACUCAGGCCAAGGAAUGGAGUAUGGCAUUGAGCAUGUAAGUGGCCCCAGUGAUGGUGCAGGGUAAGAACUGGAUCUCAAGUGUGUUAAGCAACAAAACUCGUGUUUUCCCCUUUCCCCCUAUCCAAGAGAGAUGGGAGAGACAAAUACUUCUUUAAGAUGGAGACCUAACACUAACUUUUGGGGGUGUGAUCAGUCUGUUCACUAGACUAGAAGCUCCGUGAGAGCAGAAAUGGUGUCAGGCUCACCAUUGUACCCAAAGUGCCUAGCAGGGCCUGGUGCAUGUUCAAUGAAUAUUUGCUGAAUAUUUAAAGGAAGACAAGGAUGGAUGAAAAAAUGGAGACACAGUCUCUUUAAGGUGGGUUAUUCCAUCAGGCUUGCCUGGAGUUUUACAGAAAUACCCUUUGCCUAAACAUUCUAUAUCAUUUAAGGUUUUUGUUCCACGAUACCCAAGCAAUCUUCUGAUUCAAGAUUUAAGAUUUUGAUUUCUUCAUACUGGAUGGGAUUCAAAUUCAAUCACUAGUACUUGUGUUUCCAUGUGUCAUUUUUAAAAAAGAUUUUAUUUAUUUAUUUGACAGAGAUUACAAGUAGACAGAGAGGCAGGCAGAGAGAUGAAGGGAAGCAGGCCCCCGUGUCAUUUAUUAUAUUGACAUCUGGUUAGUACCUCAGUGACAUGUGGACCAGGUGAACUAUCGGUUUCUGAGAAGAUGGGUAUCUAAUCUGGUCUUCCACGAUUGAGCUUUAGACCCUGACAGAGGAUCUCUGUAGCAGGAAGAGAAGACCGAUAUAUCAUAAAAGCAUCUGGCUACAGAUCUAUAUUGUUUAUCUCUCAUAUUGUUGUUGUAUUUUUAAACAUUGAUUCUUAGGUAUCCAGAAUUAUAUUCCUUAUGUUCCUUAAGUUCUCAGCACUGGCUUAUAUACUGGAUCAAACAUUGUUCACUCACACAAAGAUUCAUAUUUUUGUCUUUUCUUAAGGAAUUGAGAGGUUAGGAUGCCUGGGUAACUCAGUAAAACGUCUGCCUUGGGCUCAGGUCAUGAUCCCAGAGUCCUGGGAUCAAGUCCCACAUUGGGCUCCUCAGUCAGCGGGGAGCCUCCUUCUCCCUCUGCCUGCCAUUCUCCCUGCUUGUGUGCUCACUCUCUCUCUCUCUCUCUGACAACAGAAGGAAGGAAGGAGGAAAGAAAUUGAGGGAUCUUCCAACAUGGGAUCUAUUUCACUACAUGGCCACCAUUAGUGGCUACUUGGAGUGCUGUCCCUGUUGAUACCAAUCUCUGUUGUCUCCUGACCAAGGGGUUUCAUGUUAUUUCGUGUGUAUCAUUGGGCUUGAACUCUUGUUGUUAUAAUAAAGUGGAGAGGGCUAUUAUAUUGUGUCCACUUCACCCAGGCAUUUGUGUCACCUGCCUGGUGGGUGUCAGUGUGUGAGUUUGAGAACCUCACUCUGUGGGGGUGUGGGCGCAACUCUUUCCGCAUCCUUAGUGACAUCGACCAUUCACUGAGCCCUUAUUACAUGCAAAGUCCUGAGCUAACAGUUUUUCAUACAUUAUCUUUUUAAUUCCUAUAAAACCUUAUGAGGUGAAUAUGGGGUAUUACUUCCAUCUUACAAGCGUGGAAGCUGAAGCCCAAAGAUCGAAAUAAUAUCCACGAUUAUAAACUUCUAACUGAUAACACUGAGAUUCAAACCUUGGCCUGCCUAGGUCCAAAGCUGGGACUUUUCAACUUUUCAUUACAUUGCUACCCUAACCAAUAACCUGAUAACACUGGGAUUACUGCCUCCAUACAGUGUUUACUCCUCUUCAUACUCAAUCCCUGGGGGGCAAAUCCCAGGAACAGGGCUGAGCACUGCCCUGACCUCGCCAUGGCCCUUGGCAGACACCCACUGCAUGCCAGUGUCAGACCGAGCUAUCACUUUGCAAGCUCUGAGAGCUACAGCUCGACUGGAGAGGGAGGAUGGGAGGUGCGGGGUCACUGUGUCUCGGGCAGCAGCCCAUUAAUCACUGCCCCUGGCUUUGUGUGUGUGUGCAGCUGGGCUAUGCCAGCACUGUCCCAGAGCUCUUAUAAAGGGGCUCGAGCCCUAAGCUCACAGCUCUCAGACCUCUGAGAUGGGCAGACUGUUGCUGUGGAUUGGUGAGUGUGGCAGGUCCCAGCCCCCACAAUAUUAGUCCAGGAGAUACCAGGCUUCCUACGUUUGUCACCUCUUGAGUGCCUGAGGAGCAGCCAGAGGCUCGGGGUUGGGUUAGAUGGAGGUGGGAUGGGACACAGUGAAGGGCUGGAAGGGCCCAGGCAGGAGUGAUCGGAGCAGUGGUUCUCCAAUCCAGCUACCCAUUAAGUAUCUUUACGCCCCGUUCCACGUUGGACCAGUGAUACCAGAAUCUCUAGAGGAGGAGCCAGAACAUUACUACAUUUUAUACUUACAGCCAGGGGGAGAAUCACUGGCCUAGAGCUUUUGCUGGGACUUCUAAGUCAUCGUUGUCCCCAUGCUAAUCAGCAUGUGUGAAUCGAUGUGGUGUUUGUUGGGGUGAAUAGGAGCUUCGAUAGAUCUGGCAACAAUGGCUCAACUUAGAGAAGAGGAAGCCAGUGAACGCAGCGUGUCUCCAUGUGUGUGUCAGUGUCUGGCUAUGGGCCCCAGUCCGUGGGUGCCCUGGAGGACCGGAGUGGGGCUGGGGCAUGUCACUUGGGGAGAGCAUGGGAAUUUGAGUGUGAUUCCAUCCUUUGUUUCCUGCAGGCCUGGUUCUUGUGCUGAAACAGCACGAUGGCGCUGCCUACAAACUGGUGUGUUAUUUCACCAGCUGGGCACAGGGUCGCGCCAGCCCUGCCUCCGUCUUGCCCCAGGACCUGGACCCCUUUCUCUGUACGCACCUGAUAUUUGCCUUUGCCUCAAUGAACAACAAUCAGAUUGUUGCUAAGGAUCCCCAGGAUGAGAAAACUACGUAUGCAGAGUUCAACAAACUCAAGCAGAGGAACGGGGAGCUGAGAACACUGCUGUCCAUUGGUGGGUGGAAUUUCGGCACUACCAGGUUCACCACUAUGCUGUCCACAUUAUCCAACCGGGGAAGGUUUAUUGGUUCGGUUAUAUCCCUCCUGAGGAGACAUAAGUUUGACGGUCUGGACCUCUUCUUCCUGUACCCUGGACUGAGAGGCAGCCCCAAGAGUGACCGGUGGACUUUCUUCCUCUUAAUUGAAGAGCUCCUGUCUGCCUUCCGGCAGGAGGCGAUACUCACGGCGCGUCCCAGGCUGCUGCUCUCUGCCGCCGUCUCUGGGGACCCACAGACCAUCCGGACGGCUUAUGACGUGCGCCCUCUAGGAGGACUCCUGGAUUUCAUCAGUGUCUUGUCUUAUGACUUUCAUGGAGGCUGGGAAAAGCUCACAGGGCACAACAGCCCCCUGUACUCUCUGUCUGGAGACCCCAGCUCUUCGGCGUAUGCCAUGAAUUACUGGCGAAAGCUGGGGGCGCCCCCAGAGAAGCUCCUCAUGGGCUUCCCCACCUAUGGGCGUACCUUUCGCCUCCUUAAAGCCUCUAAGAAUGGACUGCAGGCUGAAGCCGUGGGACCUGCAUCUCCAGGAAAGUACACCAAGCAAUCUGGCUUCCUGGCUUAUUAUGAGGUUUGCUCCUUUCUCCAGAGAGCGACAAAGCACUGGAUUGAUUUUCAGCAUGUCCCCUACGCCUACAAGGGGAAGGAGUGGGUUGGCUAUGAUGAUGCCAUCAGCUUCAGUCACAAGGCAAUGUUCAUAAAGAGAGAGAAUUUUGGGGGAGCCAUGGUGUGGACGUUGGACCUGGAUGACACCAAGGGUGCUUUCUGUGGCACUGGCCCUUUCCCCCUUGUCAGCAAGUUGAAUAGUCUCCUGCUGCAGAAUGAGUCCAGCUCAACUCCUUCACCAAAAUUUUGGUUCUCAACUGCUAUGACUUCUCCAAGAACUGGCCCUGAAAGGCCAGCUAUAACCAAAGCUUGGACCGCUGAUAUGAGGAUUUCAUUCCCAGGAGGAAAGUCUCUGGCCGCUAAUAACCAUGGAAAGUUUCAAAAUAUGACUACAAGAAACAGAGGUGGGACUGUGACCCCUACAAGGGAAACUGAGCCCUUUGGAAGUUUCACUGUAACUCUGGAAGGGAAUAUUGAGACCUUUAGAGAAACCAUGACCAACGGAGAGACGACUAUGAUUCCUAAUUAUUUUUGGACCUCUGGAAGAACCAUGCCCCGUGGAAAGAGGGCUAUAGACUCUGAGAUGAUGACUAUCCCCUCUGGAAAGAUGACAGUCAUUCCUGAUAGGCAGACCAAGACCCUUAGAGAAGAGAGUUUGAUUUCUGAGGUGGACACUGAUCCCCUGUUGGAUUAUGUUGUUCCUCACAUGGAAGCUGAAAGCAGGAGGUCAUCCUCUGGUCCUGUCAUAGCCCCAGGACACAUUCCUCUUGCUUUUGACAAUCCCUGUAUUCAUUACGGAAACAAUUCCUCUGUCAAUCUUAUGACCCUUCCAACAAGUGCUCUCUCUCUAAGAAAAGAAAACCCAGAAAAUUCUGCUGUGGGUCAAGGAGCCUAGGCUCUGUUGAAGGCAGAAGCUGGGAAAAGCCCUUGUCUUUUCUUGUAGGGAGCUGCUUUUACCCAGACAUUCAUAAACCCUUCAUGGGUAUGAGCAAACCCCAAUAUCAGUGAGAUCAUCUCUUUUUCUGUUGAAUAAACUGGAAACACAAGAAUCCA